AAAAGUCUCUGUUUCCACUAGUAUUCAUGCAUCUCAGAUCACGCCCCCCGCCUUUCCAACUCACAUAACGCUCCCGUAACGCUCCCGACAAAACACAUGUCUGCCAUAGCAUAUGGGUCAGGAUGUCUCGGUAACUUCGUAGGGGCUGUCUCAAACUCCGUGUUUGGCAUCACUCUUCCCUUUGCCAACUCGUUGUCCACAAAAAACCAGAUAGCCGAAGGAAACAUGCAUCGCAACAACGCGCUAGACCUGAUGGAUAAGUAUUUUGAUAUGUUCGACCGGGAUACAAAGAUGGAAAUCAAGCUGAGGAAUCGAAGGAUGAUGGUGGCGAAGGAGCGUGUCGAUCGCAAAAGCUGGUUCAGUGCGAAAGAUGCGUCGACGUAUCGCGAAGAAGCUCAAGAGUUGCUGGCCAUUGUUGAGGAUAACUCAAGCAAUUUGCGGGCGAAGGAGACCUUUCUGAGAAAUAAUCUGAGCUCCUCUACGCGUGAGCUCCUUCUACGUACCCGACAACUCGCUUUUCUGCAAUUCCCAAGUCAUUUACCUCCAGUGAAUUCCGUUGUCAUUGUUUCCUUCAACGAGGGCGACGAUUUACCCCUACACAACGUAUCCCCUAACGCCGGUGUGCCCUCUACUGCGGUCGCAGAAUACAUCCAUGAUCCGGAUGCCUCAGCCGAUGCCACCUCACCCGAUGCCCCUGCGAAUCAGCGAUCGCCUCCAGGGCCCUCGGACAUCCAUGCAUCUCAACCACAAGUAACGGUUGCAGAUGGAUCAGCGCCAACUUCAGCAUGUCCUACCUCGUCGACCGCCGGUAUAGCAGUCAAUACAUCGGAAGAAUCAUUGGGACUACGCCAUCUCUAUCAUUCGGAACCUUUGGACGCUCAAGAGGUUCGUUACAUGGUUGGAGGGUGA